GAGGAGGCAGCUCAGGCGUUGUGGUCCGUGUGGCUUCCGCGUAGCUGAGAGGCAGUCAGAGAGCAUGAUGCAUGCGCUCCGCUGACCGCCUCGGCGCAGCUCCAUGUCGGAGGAUGCGCAGCCAGAGGCGGUGUGGCCUCCUGGAGCGAGGCCGACCAUGGAUGUCCACGACUGGCGAUUUCGGUUUAGAAGACGGAGCUGGGAAUCUUCACUGCCGGAAAGCCAUUCCACCUCGCAGAUGGUUUUGCAAGCGUCGCCGGCGACGGGGGAGGGCGCGAGCGCAGAACGAUGCGGGCGAGAACUGGCUUUGCCACACUGGAGCUCCUGGCAACCUGUUGCCACCACCACAUUUGAAACUUUUUCCGCAGCGGACAUUGCACCGCAGUUGCGGUCGUUCGCGUAGCGCUAGCGACCGGAAGCAGGAGGCGCGUGGAAAUCAUACGCGGCCGGCUUGCGACGUGUCCACCAGCACCAUGUCUUCAAAGCUACGGAAGCGAAUCAGUACCCAGUGCGUGUUCUCUUCGGAGCUCCCCUGGUGCCGGCGGGAUCUUCUUUCCUCUCUUUCGCUGCUACUAGGACUUUUUUUCGGCGGCCAUUUGCACCUCAGCGUGCGGGGACAGCAAGCUGUGGGCGUCCCGGGCCAAACGUCCCCCCGCGACAUCUUCGCCUAUCCGGGUUUCCGCAGCUACGUCGACGUCACGGGCACCCAAGCGGAAGAUUUUUAUCUGACCGGCGGGACGGUGACCGAUCCACAGCAAAACCCAGCCUUCUUCUCGACCGCCUACCUGGAGAACUGCGAGCUACAGGAAGACUUCACCCCGGUACCCGAGGCAAACGCGGCAAACCUGGAGGCCGAGCGGGUCGCCAACAACGGUACGCGGCCGAGCGACUUGGACGAGGUCACGUCGAAGCAGUACGGGGACGUGCAGGGCGCGCAGUUUCAGUACCUCCAGACGCGGUACAAGCCGCUGAACCUGCGGGAAAACGCGUUUCUCCUGCCCGACUACGUGAACAACCCGUUCGCGAUAUUACAAUGAAAAAUGCCCCCACCCCCGAACUUGGGAGCAUUUGUAUUGCAAACCUUGCCAAGUGAAACAUUCGCCCUCUUGCAUCUAUCAGCAUCACAGGUUUCCAAACGUGAAUAGUAAAAAUUUGUAUUGCAAAAGACCCCAGCAAGAGCGGCGCUUGUCAUGCAAGCGAUGCGACACACGCCUAGACUCAGCAUCAGAAAGAUUCAUACUGCUUUCAUGCAUGACAAAAAGUGUUCAUUUGGAAACUUCGCAUCACAAAUUUUUGCGAUUUCAGGGGUGGGGGGGCACUUUUCACUGUAAUACGCGAGCCGCAUCUUCAACAGCAGCUUCACCGAGGCAAAUCGCACCAUUGAAUUCGUUCCCGACGACUUUAUUCCCGACAUUGCACUUCCCCACAAAAGGCCGCAAGUCUGCCACUUCGGGCUGCGGCUGACCAACCCCACCGCGCAAAAUUGGGCUUCGAUCUACCGAAAGAAGAAGGUGUUCGUCGCGUAUGGAUUCAAAACUUCCUUUCACUUCCGCGUUUUACACCGGAAGGAGGAGUGCAAGGUCGCGGGAAAAGAAUCGCAAUGGUGCUACAAGCAGGGUGGGGACGGGUUCGCGUUUGUGAUCCAGAAUAACAAGCGUGAUGCGCUUGGGCUGGAGCGGGCGGGGAUGGGAUUCUCCGGAUUGUUCUUCACGCUCGCGAUUGAAUUCGAUAUGUACCGGGAUUUUGACAUGAAGGACGAAACGGACAACCACAUCGGGAUCAUGACCUCGAUGCGGGACGGGCAGCCGACGACCGCGAGCCACGAAAACAGCCGGAUCGCGGAAACCAGUGACUUGCCAAAGUUGCAGGAGGGUACGCACAAGGUCGACAUCGUGUAUGAAACGCAGGACGUGAAGUCCGAUGAGUACUACGAGCCGACGUGGUUUGGGGAUGUGCAACCGGAUUUUUUGCGCCGCCAGGCCACCGGCAGGGUGGGAAUUUUGAAAGUGUACCUGGACGGGGUGAAGAAGCUGAUCACGCCUUUGGACCUCUCCCAGGUCGUUGCGUCGGACAAUCUCGGGACGUUCAAGUUCGACAUCAACUAUUUGAACAACGCCGACGACGACGGCAUUUACCCAGGCCGGGGGUACGUGGGGUUCACCUCCUCCACCAAGGAGUCCCAGAUGCAGUCCGUGGACAUAUCAGGUUGCACAACUCCCCCUCUCUCCCUCAUCUGCAGGGCAAUAUUCAUCUGCAUUUUGCGCAUUUUGCAGAUUGCACAACUCCCCCGUUCAUAUGCAUUUUGCGCAUGCUGCACAUUUUGCGCAUUCUGCGCGUUUUGGCACGGUAUUCUGGGCAUUGUGCGCAUUUUGCACAACUACCCCUCUCGCUCAUCUGCAGGGCAAUAUUCAUCUGCAUUUUGCGCAUUUUGCGCAUUUUGCACAUUUUGCGCAUUUUGCACAUUUUGCACAUUUUGCACAUCUUGCGCGCAGUAUUCUGUGCAUUGUGCGCAUUUUGCACAUUUUGCGCAUUUUGCAGACACUCCCAGAAGGGGCGAAAUGCAGGCGCUCCCAGCUCGUCGUGCCCUAACCUCAUCGCCGGCCUGUCUCUGGUCGAGGCCUUUCUCGUGGGUUGGUGUGGCCGUGGCAUUGCCUUGUGCACCCCUCGGACCGCGCACCCCCCCGGGCUUGAGUCCCGCAGUCUGUGAAGCGUGACAAAUGAAGGGAGGGCGAGUAGUGCAGCGUCAUAAGACAUUCUUGACUGGCACUUCGAGUCCAUGCCCCCCUGCACCUCGGAUGAGAUGUACUGCCGCCUUUCCAAGAAUUACCCGCGGAAGAGCGAGGAUCCCUGCAAGUACGGGGCGGACUUCACGGGGGACGCGAGCAAAAAGGGGCCGCGGGGGACCAAGACGCUGCUGAACUGCGCCAUCGGGCUGCGGAACGUCGCGCGGGCCGCCCUGCGGGUGAGCGCGAAGUACCGCACGGGCCAGGACUGGGACGCGCAGCGGUGCCUGGACGUGAACCCGGUGACGAACAACGAGCGCAUGGGGCUGCGGGGGGACACGAUUCAGUGGAACCACGUGCACCAGUACUUUCUAUGAACUGCAAAAGUAUCGUAUUCGUAUAAAUGCAUUACAAAUUUGCUCAGCGUGAGAAAUAAAAUUUGUAGUGCGGAUUUGCCUUGGGAACAAGAUUUGUAAUGCAAGACUUGCAUUUAUACGAGUGCGAUACUUUUGCACAGGAUACUAUCUCGGGUGCAACAAAACGGUGCACUACAACGCGCACGCGGACAGCCUGUGGCUGACGUCCAGCGACGGCACCCGGGCGGUGCUGGUGGACGACCCGCACAUUCUGGACAACACGGCCGUCGCCUUUCGCCGCCAGCGCAUGUUCGAGUACUGCGUGCGCGAGCACGAAACGGACCCCUUGAUGUUCUACCAGCCCGCCGACUGCAACUGCGAGUACUGCGUGCGGCUGUUCGACAUCCAAAACUACUACUCCGUGUUUUACCAGAGCCGCUGCGGGGCGCGGUACGGGAUGUUCUGCCGCUGCCUGGAAGUCAGCGACGUGGGGACGGACCUGUACACGUUCUCGAAUCUGCAACCAAUGAGCUACAUCCGGGCGCCGGUGUGCCGAGGCUGCACCUACCACUCGCAGUGCAAGUAUUUUAUUGAAAUAAGUCGGGUUUUACUAUACUGAUCGCCGUGUUAUUCAUUCUUAUUUGCUUUCUGAUCCUGUUUCUGUCCGGAAAAUUUUGAAACACACUUUCUUUUAACAAUAUCUAUCUAUCUCUUCGACAACGUGAAUGAAUUCCAGUUACGUCCUGAAAGCCGGGCAAUGCCGACAGUCUCCGCUGAACCUGCGUCUGGGCAACCCGCUCGCACCAGAUCCGAUCAACAAGGGGUUCGUCGAUUUUCGCCUAGACAACGGCAACGUGAAGGACGGAAGACUGCGGGGUGACGUGUGCAACUGCGAGCCGGGCUACAUUACCUUUGUACAAGGCGCGAUGUGCCAGCCCGGUGCGGGACAGAGCAAGAGCGCGAUCUUGAUGCGAUCGUACACCGGCGCUUCUCUGCUGGAGCCCAUCACCCCCGACGAGUGCUACGAGUACUGCGACCGUGCGAGCGGGUGCAACUUCUUCACAUUCUGGGACAUGUAUGCGGUACCCAAAGGCUUGUGCGAGCUGUUCAGCAGCUGCCCCAAAACGCAGUGCGGCACGUACGACGACUACUGCCGGCAAGGCACGGUCUACAAGAUGGAGACGAUUUCGGUGUACCAAAACGAGCGCGGGGGCGUCGCCUAUCAAGUGUAAAAAUGUCUGGGUCUGGAAGAGUGCGCGAUUUGUCAUGCUGCUUUUCCAUGACCCAUGAGGUCUGGAAUGCCGGAGCUAGCAUGACAGAUUCUGCGAGGACUUUCUAAUGCCUAUCCUGCAUGAGAAACUACCUCCCGACUUGGUCAAAAUUCGGCGACUUUUGGUAAUCAUGCAACACAGAUUUUUGCAUGCUGCAGAUUUAGCACGACAAGUUGCAAUCUUCCAGACCCAGACAUUUUUACAUUUGAUAUCGCCACGCCGCAGCUGAUUUACCCGUUGCGCGGACUGCAGACCACGCGGCUGGCGUUAUUGUGAGGAAAAAUGCCCCCUCCCCAUAUCGAAAAGGCACGUCGCAGAAAAUUUGCAAUGCUGAUAUGCGACCACAAAUCAUCUCUGUCUUGCAAGAAUGCAACUCCACUCGCUCCGCCGCAUUAUGCAGGCGAUUUGUGAUGCUGCUGGGCCUAUAGCGCAGACGUUUCUCAUGCUAAGAGCCUAGUCCAAAACCUCUCUGCUCGGGCUUAGUAUGGGGCUGCAGUCCUCUCCAGCAAGACAGAUCUGAUCUGUGUGCGACAAUCCAGCGCCGCAAGCUUCGUUUUGAUAUGGGGUGGGGGAUUUUUCAUUUUGAUAGGCGUGCUUCGACUGCUUGCGCCAGUUUCCGGAGCCCGAUUGCGUGUUCCACUGCGGCCCGCCCGUGCAGGUCACGUUCCAGCACUACCCAGCGGGUCAGGCCUGCGCGAGCUGCAUCUUCGCGGGAAACUACUUGCACGAGCUGAACGAGAACGAGAUCACGGAAAUCAAGACCUGCGUCUACAACGCGAUCGGCGACGGCAACGACCCUUGGGUGUCCUGCGAUCCCAUUGUCCAGGAGCAGGCCGCGCGAAGCAACAGCCAUCAGGUAGAACUCGAAAAGUACACUACUAGGUUGCAGCAGCCUGAAACGAAGAGAUAAACAUAGAAAUGCCUCGUCUCUGUUUAGUAUUUCGAAUUCGAGGUGGAAGUACGGGGGUGUCCCUCCUUCCCGCACGAGGGAAUUUAAUUUGACACAUGGCGUGUCAGUCAGAAUAUGAAUAUACCCCCUUCCAGGUCGGAUCUGCCCUCGAUCUUUUCAACGGCGUGAGCUCGCAUUUCAUGACGGAGUGCCCGGGACGUCCGUUUGACACGUGGGGCGGGUUUUGCGCGCCCAACAUUCUCGCGCGGCAGUUCUUCACGAGCUUCGUGCUGCAUCACCAGGGCAGCAAGAACAACACGCUGUGGCCGGUGAACACUCUGGAUUGCGUCAACGCGAUCUGCGACCUCGUGCCGCGGGACUACUACAAUGAAAAGUGCCCCCACGACCCCGGAAGUUGCAAAAGUUUCUGAUGCAAGCAGAGAUUUUAGCUAUUCUCUCAGCAUUGAAGACUUGUGGUUGUGACGCUGAUGCAUGCAAGAUGGGGAGCGUUUCCAUUGGGAAGCGAAGUGUUGCAGUGUAGAUGCUGCCAAGUUCAUCUGGGAGGGGGGGCACUUUUCAAUGUGAUAGGGACAAGUGCUACUCCAAGCUGGCCGAAUGGAACUUCCAGGCGACCGGGUCGGUGCUCGACCAGGUGGGGAACUUGCACCUGCUGGACUCGGGCGGGGUGCAAGUCGUGCAGGGGCAGGGGCUGAUCUUCGACAAAACGCUGAAAAACCAAUACAUGGUGACGCCCUACAUGGCGAAGCAAGACAUGCAGGACGUCACGCUCGAGGUCUGGGCAACCAUCCCACCGGAGGAAGGAGUAGUGAAUGCCAAUAGAUACUGCUUUUUCAAUUAUACGAUUGGCAGUGCACCACCACCAGUGAUUCAAUCAGAUGGAAUCUCGUUCGUUAGAUCGGAUGAAAAUGUUUUGAUCGAUUUUCUAUCCACUUUAAGGUGCAAGAUGCGUUGUCCGGGAAAACCGGAAAUUUAACUGCUACGACCGCGUGGAAGGACCGCUACGCGCCCUCGAAAGCUUUGGAUCAAGACAUGGACACCUACUGUAUGGCCUCCUCAGGUGUUACACCCUCAACUGUUACGUAGCCAACGCGUUUGUCAUGCAAAAUCUGCGUCACGUUUCCCGUUUUCAUGUAGCCACGCAGCACAAAUUUGAGAUGCCUCAAAUAGCACCAUCGAAAUCUGUCCAAAACUUGUCAUUCGAACGGCGCAGCGUAUCGCGCUUUUCUCUUGCUGGGUUGCCUUAAAAAACGCUGUCGGGUACGUGACAGCUGCUGAGAAUGUAACGGCUGAGGAGGCUAUAUACUGGUCCUCGGGUUUGUUUGAGUUCCAGCGCGUGACGAUUGACUUCGAAAUCGAUUUUCGGAAGACAGUGUGGGCGGAGGGGUGGAAGAUUUACUUCUUCCACCGGGUUUUGGAUUUCGGCACCUUGACCGCCGAAGAGGGGUACUACGGUGAGAAGCUGGAGUGGGUGCAGUUGAACACGGUUUUGGACAACAACGACUACAUUGUGGACUACGGCACCUCGGCCUACUUCCGCGGGCGCUGGUUUCUGCUGAAGAUGGAGCGGCUGCUGGACGAGCGGUUGACUGGGCCGGGCACGGGGCAGUACGUGGCUACCAUCCGGGAGAUCGAGAUUUACUUCGACCGGAACCUCGCGCGACUGCAUCCGAGCAACCAGACCUACGCGAUCGACUACGGUCCGCAGGCGAUGUUGGACAAGAACGAGCAGAGCUACUGGAGCAGCCCGCCCUUCACCGGCGUGACGACGGCGGUCGCGAUGCUCGAGUUUACUACACUGACGCAGAACAUCGCAUACACCCGUAUCAGCUGGAACCUGAAGGCCUCGGAGUGGUACCUGUACGCGUUCUCCAAAACCUGCGGCGAGUUCCUCGGCCCGACGCCGCCCGCCGGGGCCACGUACGUGGCUGGUGACGUCACGCUGAUCACGUCGAAGACGUCGGAUUUGAGCAAUUACGACGCGGACGUGGUAUAUUUCCCAUACGACGCUCGUUGCGUCAUCGUGUACAUGAUUACCUCGCCCUACCAGGACAAGCAGCUCGUCCAAAUCCGCGAGCUUGAGGCUGCGCCGUACAAUCCGGAGCAGAUUCGGGGCAACACGACGCUGGCGGAGGGCGCGGGCAUGACGAACCUCGUCGGGAUCGAGAACGAGGGCGUUACCCGGGACCUCGCGUUUGUAUUCGACAACGACCUGACGACGUAUUUCUUUGCUAGCGCGUUGGGUUACUUCACGAUCGAUUUCCUCGAGCCGACCGAACUAUUUCGUGUGCGCGUCGUGUGGGCGACGGUCGGGGGGACAACCUACUCCCCCGCGGGGUAUCAGGUGUCCAAUUCCGCAGACGACGGGAGGACCUUCCAGGUGUUGAUGAGCGACCCGCUGGUCGCCGCCGGCCCGGACGCCAUCAUCAUUUUUCCUGGAGCCAGGACGGUCACACUCUUUCGCUUCGAGUUCACCACUUUCAACCCGUUUCUGGGCGGGCUCAUCGGAUUGUCGGAGUUGGAGUUUUUUCCGUCCUCGCCGGUCACGAUUGCGAACAUUUUCACAAAGCCAGUGAUGGAAGCCCCGUUGACCUACACAAACGCGUUUUUCGACAAUAUCUACGCCCCGGUUCCUUACUACGACCAAACGGCCAAGCCCUUUGCUUGGCAGGACCUGGAGCCGGUGAUUCCUUACGACGAGAACGAACUCUACAGCGCAGAGCGGCUGUGCGAUGGGGACAAGAGCACCGCCUUUCUGUCCAGCUUCAACAAGGCGUACCCGGGCGGGACAGAAACAUUGCGAGUCACGCUGCCCUUUACCCAAACAGAGAGGGUAACUUUUAGUACUGCAAUAGUGGCCGCGGCCGAAGAUGUGUAGUAGGGGACAACUACGUGGUCAUAGGAGUAGCUAGAUCCAAUAUUACGAACUCGAGUACAACUCCUUUCGUUUUUAUUCCAUCGGGAGCUCAACAGGCAAUUUGAAACUUCUGAAUGACCGACAGAUUGUAAGUCGAUGUCCAUGUCGUGAACAAAAUAAUUUUUGUCAGAUCGAUGUGGUGGUGAUCGAGUGGCGGCUUCGGUCGGAUACGUUGAUCCUCCAGUGCGGGGCGGAUGUUCUGAAGACGUUGAUCUCGGGGCCCAUGAUUGCCAAUUUGUAUCCAUGGGACGGCAUUGACUACGUCACAAACUGCCCGUCCCUCACCCUCACGCUGGCGAUGCCGCGCGACACGUACGCGGACUACAAGAUGAUUGCCAUCCGGGAGGUAAGAGCGUAUGAAUUCGGAACGCCCUACCCCCUGGCCGCGGUGCACCAGUUCAUCCCGACCGUAGCCGGCGUGACCAACUCCGGGGGAGCGAACUUGAUUCAAAACAGCAAUGAUCCGGCGUACUACGCACUGCAGUCCAGCCCGUUGGUGUGGAGUACGAGCGCGAUCGUGAUCCCCGGUGAGGAUGCGUCUAUCGCGGUGCAGCGGAAACGCGUGUCACUAGUGUUAGACCUCGGACCGAACACCGAGCAAUUCUGGGGGUUGAUGAUAGAUUUCGGAGCAGUUUUCCCUAGCAAUAUCGACAUUUUCGCCAGCUACAACGCGGUCGCCUACAGCGCAGACCCGAUCUUUUCGGUCCGCGGAAAAGCGGACGCCACGCCGGAGUACAUGUUUGCCGAGUUCAAGGCCCGAUAUUUGAAAUUAGCGUUUCUCGAUCCCGGCGCCGCGGAGGUCACCACGACCGUAGGAAAUACCACGAGCACCGCAUUUCAGACGCUAACAACGUGGGGAUUCAUUCAUUGUUUUUGAUGCUUCUAUCCUCUGAUUGUUCUAACUUUCUUCGAAAUCGAAUCAGCGAAAGUUUGAGGCCAAAGGCUGCUGUCUUUCUUGCGUCAGCUGUGGCGCUCGUAUGCGAAGCUGCAGUGCGGUAUAAUUUCUCUCUGUACUAGAAGUACUUCUAGACGGGUAUGAAAAAUAUUGCAUGCUUCAUGUCCCUUGGUGAAAAUCAAGAUUUUGUUUUCAACGAACGAUUUCAGGUACCAACUCCGGAGACUUUUCGUGUACAAUUCGCCGAACAAGGCACUGGGCGUGAAGGCCACGUCGAACGAGAAGUUCGAGCACACGUCGGAAAUCGCCGUGGACGGCAACCUGAACCGGCCGUGGGUGAACUACCUGGACAGCACGCGCGCGACGCUGAUGCUGAACCUGCUCGAGAAGCGGGAAGUAGUCGGGGACCUGUUCAUCCGCUGGUGGGUGCCCGCGAAGGACUUCGUGAUCGACUACACCGACGCGAUUCCCGGGGAGCCCCCGGUCACGGCCAACGCCGUCUGGACGCACUUGGCGACGGUGACAAACAACGUCGACACGCUGACCACCAUCGUGAAAGACUUCGAGGCGCAGUACUAUCAAAUGUAAAAAUGUCUGGGUCUGGAAGAUUUCAAGACUUGUCAUGCAUAUUUUCCAUGACCGGUGACGUCUGUGAUGCAUGCUGUAGCAUCACAGAUUUUUAGAGCGCUUUCUGAUACCUCUACCGCAUGAGAAAUGCCCUCUCCGCGUAGCACAAACUGGAGUCCUCUUGCUGUUCAUGCAAUACAAAUUUUUUCAGAAUCCACAGACAGCAUCACAAGUUUAGAAUGUUCCAGACCCAGACAUUUUUGCAUUUGAUAAGUACGUCCGACUCACCAUGACCCGGUCCGCGCACUUCGACUUGGCGCAGGGGGUGGCGAACAAGGGCCAAGUGAUGUACGCGAUCUACGCCGUGGAGAUGAUGUUUGAGAAGAACGUUGCUCGCGGAAAACUGCUACAAGUGCAGCCGCCGCACGACGGGGCGCCGGAAGUGGACCCCAACCGCUUCGCGAUUGCCAACAUUUUGGACGACUCGUUGGACCUAUGAGAGUGCACAACUCCCCCUCGUUCUCGUGUGUAUAUGUAAAAUACCAAUUCAUCCACAUCUUGCCUUCUGCCACUACUACGCAUGACAGGUUCAACAUCCCGAAGACGAAACAGCAUAAGCAUCGGUCGUUAAUAUUAUGCCAUGCAAGAAAUACAGCUGCAUCUUUGCCAGCACUUGCGUUGCUGUGGAUGCCAUCGAUCGAUGAGGGCUGGACGAGUGGUGCACUUUGAUAGGACACCUUCUGGUUCGGAAACGUCGGCGUGCCGCAAACUAUUCUGGAGUUCGAUUUGCAGGACUACAUCUGGGUCGGCGGCGCGGAGAUGCUGUGGCGGUUCUGCCCGGACAUUUUGUACUUCCAGGGCUACAAUUUAGAGCUGGACAAGUGGUUCAACGUGACGGGGACGUUUUUCAACUUCACCGACCCCAACACGCCCGUGCCGCGGCAGACGCUGUCCACCUACAACCUCGCCAUCCACACCGGGUUCCAGGCGAACAAGCUGCGCCUGGUGAUCGUGAAGAAGCGGCCGCUGCCGCAGGGGGACUACUGGGCGGCGCUGAAGAACUUCCAGCUGUACAAGCCGGCGGAGCUGAUCGCGAACACGCUGACCAACCGCCCGAGCUUUUUGCGGCCCCCACAGGCCAACGUGAAGUCCGGGGGCGGGACGGACACAAAUUCGCUGGUGGACGGGUCCGUGAUCGGGGCCGUGUGGCAGGCGGAGACGGGCGUCCGAGCCGCCACCAUCCAGCUGAACUGGGACAGCGUGGUGCCGGUAGGCCGCAUCUACAUAUACUGGAGCGCGCUGGCGGAUGAGUUCCAGAUCGACUGUCUCAACCCGGAGGACAAGGUAAACCCCGACUGGGUCACGGUGUACUCCACCAAGGGCAACACCCUCUUCCUCACGCAGCUGGAGCUGUACCGCCAGGUGACCAGCGUCCGCGUCAAGGUGGUAAACAGCUUUUUCGACAUCCGGCUGUAUGAGAUCCGCGUGUGGUAUGGAUGUGUCAGGUUUGAAAUCGUCAAAGUUGAAAUAGUUUGUCAUGCAUAAAAUGCAAGGCAUGAAGUGCCUGUCUUGCCGGGAUGGCAAGUGAGGCCGCGUGUCAGCCUGUUUAGGGUUUGAAGUAGAGCUGCUAAAGGAGCAUGACAAAAGCAGUCGUCUGUGCCCAAACAGCAUGACAAAUUGGAUUCCGGUGCUCGGAAAAUUUGUCAUGCGCCGCUUAGAAAUUGGGUUUCCAACUGGUAUCCAUUUUAUGCAUGACAAAUCGUUUCAACUUUGUCGAUUUCAAACCUGACGCUUCCAUAUGUGGGAGGCCGUGAAGGGCAACAACGAAAUCCGGGCGGUAUCCUGUGCAAAACUAUCGUACUCGUAUUGCAAUAAUGCAUUACAAAUCCUGUUCUUAAGGGAAAUUAGCAUUACAAAUUUUAUUUCUCAUGCUAAGGGAAUUUGUCAUGCAUUUAUACGAGUACGAUACUUUUGCAAUUCAUAGGCGGUGCAAGAGUGCAAGUUCGGCGCGGUGGUCUGCUCCGGCGCUGAUGUCGCGGAGGCUUUCGACGGGACCCGAGUGCGGGCCACGGACCCGGACAUCAAUACGUUUUGGAUGCCAAGGCCAGCGGAUUCCGGGAUUGAGGCCGUUCUGGACUUGAACCGGGUGUACACCGUCACGGAGCUGAAAAUGUACUGGACCUACUACCCCACGCGGCAGGUGUUGUACAGUACGGAUUACGACAAGUGGUUCGUGUUUAUUACAGGAAAAAGUGUUCUAUAAUGUUAACGGAACUUGAUGGCAUGCAGGAAUGCACGAGAAAUGAUGUUUGUAUUGCAUAGCAUGCAUGAUUAUAGCGGUAUGAUCAUUUGGAUUUGUCAUGCGCGACUGCAAUGCCCCAAAACCAUUCGCGUUAGCACUUUUUUGUUUGAUAGUGUUUCUUUUCCGCCCGGACGCGGUCCUCUUCGGGCUGCAGGAAGCGGAAGUGGGGGUGAAGUUUUUGGUGAAGACCAUCGAGAUGCGGUACCUGAAGAUUUUGAUCACGGUGAACUACCUGGACCAGGUGGACGGGCAGCUGGGCACCGGGCUCCGGGACAUCCGGAUUAUCAUGGACGGAAAUCUCGGUCGGGGGAUCCCGGCGACCGCGACCAGUGUGUGGGAUUACCCCUUGACCAACGUCGUGGACGGUUCGAUGACUACCUACUGGGCCGGGGAGCUGAAGGUAUAAUUUUGGUAUAGGUGAAUUUUUACUCAUUGUCAUCACUUUCAAUAGAACGCAUGGUUUGGAGAGGACAAGUACACUCUACAGGAAAUCCCCUAAGAUUCUAGCGAUACGACUUAGCUUCUGGAGAAUUUUUUUUCAACACCAGCGAAAAAUGAACAUUAAAACGAAACUUCCCCUUACAGCGAAACGACGCGUACCUGAGCCUGGACCUGCAGUACACACGCAACGUGGCGGGCAUGCAGAUGACGUUCGGCGACAACUACCCCACGAGUAUUUCCGUCUACUACCACGACGCGCAAAACAACCACUACGCGUAUGCGAUCGAAACGAACACACAGAACAGCAACGUCUUCACGGUGCCUUCCACCACCCACUUCCAGACGCGGUACAUCAACAUCCGGGUGCGGAACCCGAAGAUAUACUCCCCAGAUCCGGAUUUCCCGAACGACGACGGGCGGAACAUGCAGCUGCUGCAGAUUUACGACAUCCAGAUCUACGAGCACCGGGGUGGCGGCGGUUUGUUUGGGCUGGAAAACACGAAGACAAAAGAGUACUCCACCAUCGCGUUCGCCCAGUUCCAACCCCUGCAGUGGAACGUGGCCUCUGACAGCGGGGCGCGGUCGGACGCGACCUUUGCCACGACCGAGGUGGAGUCGGUCGGCCAGCUGGUGCACGUGGUCACCACGUUUGACCGCGACGGCAACAUCGCGAUCUACCGGAAUGGCGAGCGGUACGGCAACCCGUACACGCGGGCGCCGGCGAUCACCUGGGCCCAGGGCUUCGACGACACGCGGUUGGUGUUUGGGGUACGCAGUACCAAGUUCGCAACCGACCGCGGCGUGAUCUCCGGGGAGUUUGAGGAAUCCAAUCUGGGUCGGUCCGCGGACAUGGACCCGCUGUCUGCGUUCUUCCAUGGCACCAUCCACCGUGCGUCGAUCAUCAAGGGGGCGCUGCUGAACGAGGAGGUGCGUGGGCUGUACAUGGGGGUCGAACUCGGGUGCCACUGCUACGACGCCUGUCCGGUGGGGAGUAACCGGUUCUUUCCCCACGUCCCGGUGCCCUGCAGCGGGCAGGGCGCGUGCCGCCGGUCGGCGACGGGCGAACCCUUCGCCCCGGGCACCUGCGACUGCUUACCCGGGUACAGUGGCGACGCCUGCCAGUAUCACUGCAGCGAGGUGUCAGAAACGGGCUGCUGCGACGUGGAUGACGACUGCCCCUGCGACAAGACCAACGCCGCAGACUGCGCAACGUGCAACACGAAGACAAAGGCCUGCGAGUUCCCCUCCGCGACUAGUGCCUUCCUGCGCUAAAAAGUAGGGUAGCAGGUGUAAGUCUAAGUAUCCCGGUGGUUUUUUCAAAAAGUAGUCAUGUGUUUUGAGGCAAUUGUGGUGGACGAGGAAUCAUCAUUUUCAUCAAUUUUGACUUAAGCUAUUUAAUAGCUUAAGUAACAAAAGGGGUAACAAAUUCAGACGAUUUGUGGUCAUCCCACUUUUCACCCGCCCGGCCGGGUGGGUGAAAAGUGGGACAGAACCAGGAUCCUGACCGACUGAGCGGAUCUUGCUUUUCUCCGUUCGUGUGCGCGCCAAUCCGGCUCCGUCCCACUUUUCACCCACCCGGCCGGGCGGGUGAAAAGUGGGAUGACCACAAAUCGUCUGAAUUUGUUACCCCGCUCUAAAAGCAAAUGCGAUUCACAAUAAAUUAUCGGUUCUUGUUUUCGUAGACACUACGUCGACGAUGAGGAGUGCGUAAAGGCCAUCAUCAAGUUUAAUCCGAAUAUCCUUACCUUGCCGUGGAAUGAUUAUCGUGAAGUUUAUUUAGAUCACUGAAAAGAUCCACUAGAAAAGCCAAAGCGCUCGGGUUUUGUUGAACUCCGGUGGAAGUUUUCUUUUUUCCUUGAUACACUGUACAGAAAUUUGUGCUGCACUACGUUUCGACUGCUGUCGCUGGUAGCUAGUGGAAUCUGUACCUUAGCAAUUGUUUUUCUUAAUUCGUACAGGACUUUACCUCAGACGCACGAAGGAGAUUUCUCGUUACGUUUCGCACGCAACCUCGAAACCUUAAUAUGCACGCUCUGCUUUCGUCCAUGUUCGCACGGAGAUGUCCGCUGAGUGAGGUCGUACGUACAGCUGAGAGUCUUCCAUUUUCUUCAAAGAAUACUAACGAUAACAAUAAACCGCACUUCGUCCUGCCUUCGUUCUUGGAAAAAGAGAGUUGUAAACGUCAGACGUACUACGCUUCCUUCCCCCCGUCGUGCCUUUUCGUGAAUUGUUGACACGGAUGAAAGAAGACUGACCCUACGUAACUACCUGAUUUUCAUCCCAAACCCGUCCUUCCCACCUGUCAUACGAAAAAAACUGAAUUGACCAAAAGCACCACAGGAAUUAGAAAGUCGAAUAAU